GCAACCUAGACCAGCUAAUGUACUAGUCAGUAGACUUUUUAGUGGACCAUUAUUUAAUUAUUAUUUAUUAAACCUAGGCCCCUGUUUUUAAAUAAUAAAGUUUAGUUUAGUUUAGGACUUAAGUAAAAAGUCUAAAAGGUCAGCUUCAAAUGGAAUCAUUAAAAGGAAAAGUCAUUACAGUUCAAGGUUUAAGAGAAGCUUCAGAUCUUGGUGUCACAUUGACCCAUGAACAUUUGACCAUUCAAAUUCCUUCCUUCUACACGCCACCAAAAGAAAAGCUUGCUGAGAAGUUGAAAGAUGUUGCUUUUGAAAUGCAAUAUUUAGGCUGGAUCAGACAAAAUCCAUACACUCACAUAGCCAACUUAACUUUAGAAGGGGAGUAUGAUGCUAUCAAAGAGGAACUUUUGUUUUUUAAAGAAAACGGUGGGCAAACAAUUGUUGAAAAUACAACAUUGGGAAUUUCUCCAAAUCUACCAUACUUAAGAAAUCUGUCUGAAUCAACUGGUAUAAAUAUAAUCUGCGGAACAGGUUUCUAUGUGGAUGCAGCACAAACUGACACUGUCCUGAACUUAAGUGAGGAGACCAUGGCCGAAUCAAUGAGGCGUGACAUACUAGAGGGUAGAGAAGGCAUUCGGAGUGGAAUGAUUGGAGAGAUUGGCACGUCUUGGCCUGUUACAGAUUUUGAAAAAAAAUCUCUGAGAAGUAGUGCUGCUGUUCAGGAAGAUCUAGGAUGCCCUGUGAUAAUCCAUCCUGGCAGAAAUCCUCAAGCACCUGGUGAGGUACUGAGGAUACUGCUAGAAGCUGGGGGUAAAGCCCAGAACACAGUCAUGUCGCAUUUAGAUCGGACAAUCUUCAAUAAAUCAACAUUACUGGAGUUUGCAGAGCUAGGCUCAUAUUUAGAAUAUGAUCUGUUUGGGAUUGAGGUGUCACAUUACCAACUUCAGGAAACGGUUGAUAUGCCCAGUGAUGCCCAGCGUGUGCAGACAAUAAAGGCACUGUUGGAUGAAGGGUAUGAGGACAGGGUAGUCGUCAGCCAUGAUAUUCAUACCAAGCAUAGACUGAUGAAGUAUGGUGGUCAUGGCUAUUCUCAUAUCUUGCUCAAUGUGGUACCAACAAUGCUUAAAAGGGGGAUAACUCAACAUCAAGUUGACAAGAUUUUGAAACAUAACCCACACAACUGGCUGAAAUUUUUUAAGUAGUCUGUAAUUGUCUGAUAAGAAAAAUUCAUGUAUUACUAUUUUACAUUAUAAAUUCAUUAUUUGUUUAAUUUUAGGUUAAAUUCACUUUUCAAGCUAAUAGUUGAUCAUCAACUCACGGGUGUUGUGAAUUAUCAUUUUAUACAAGCAAAUCAAUUAUUUUAUAUUAUAUCAAGAAUGCAUUUUUCUAGUCUCUUAAUUAUAGUAAUAUUUUAAUUGUGAUUUCUCUAUUAUUUGUCUUACUUAUAUACCUUGUUUGAUGUUCAAACUUCAUGUCCAAAUUUUUUAUUUUAAUUGACAGUGAUAUACACUUAUUGUCAAUUGAUUUAUAAAUAAAACUUGAGCAACUUUUUUUUGUGUAUUUUAAAAAUUAAAUAGUCAAUGCAUCUUUUUAUAUAUAGAACUAGAAAACAAAACAGAGGUGGUAAUAAUAAUAAAACAUUUUAAAAUAUGCCAGUCUAGACUUGAGUGGGACAUAACUCUUGUUCUACUAAUGCUUUGCAAUAUAACUAUUAUUAUAAUAUAACUAUCUAUUCUAAAUUCAUAAAAAUUCUAUCUAGCAAAACAAUUGCUUCAAACCUAAUGUUUUUUAUCACAAUUGCAUGCGUUUAUUCUACAAAUGCUUUAAGUAAGCAGUACAUUUAUUAUCAAUCAGUAUUAAUCAGAACAAUGAAUAAAUCAUCUUUUCCUGUUCAUCCCCAAGAAACACUGGGUAGAUGCAGUAGAGUUUGUCUGUUUUAAUUACCUCAGCAUAUGAAGUGAUAGUAUGGGCAGCACAUGAGUCAGGUAACCAUCAGAGCUGGGUGGACUCUACAGACUUGAAUUAAUGACCAAAACUUGAGAUUUAGGAAUAAUAAAUACUUAUUGCAUUUUAAAUCACUAAGCAAAUUUAAUUUUACCCCAAAAUGUUAUGUGCUAUUCUAAGUUCUUUACUGAAACAGAGUGAUUAAAUUGGAAAUGGGACGUGAAGUUCAAUUUAUAUACAUUAAAAAAUUAUACAAUGCUAUUUUUAAAUGUAUUUUUAAACAGAUGGUGCAUGUUUUAUUAAAAUUUACAUUUGGA